UUAUUUCAGUACUCUGAGAUAGAAAGUUCGUAGAAUCGGGAAACAGGAACGUCAUAUUGUUAACGUCAAGGUCAUGAUUCUCUUCUCUGUGUAGACUGAUCGACAGUGUUAAAUCGGAAGUAAUGUAAACGACUUAAAAUGUAUCGUCUUUUUCUGUUGUGUUGUGUUCUUAUACAAACCGCUGUUAUCGGCCAAGAAUCAGGUGCAAUUGUCAUUCAGCAUCCAGAGAACUUUUGGAAAUGUUCAUCAAGCCAUCACCCUGAAUGUCGAUGCUUUCCAUUAGAUAAUGGUGAUUUCGACUUACAAUGUUCCAUCGGUGAAGACUAUUUUACUGCAAGUUACGUUGUGAAAGAAGGUAGUGUCAGUUCAUUUGUGAUUGAGUGUCCAUGUAAUGAGACCAAUCCACUCACUGAUUCAGUGUAUACAUACCUCAAAGGAAUUCCAACAAGCAAUAUUUCAGUUCUUAAAUUCAAUUUUUGCCCUCUUCCAAAGGAAAGUUUAUCCACAUUCUUCGGUGGACAUCUGAAUCUCAGUUUCAUUCAGCAAAUCUCUCUUCGAUCAUGUACUCCUAUUCCAACACUACAUCAUGGCUCAUUUCGGCAAAUAUCACAACUUACAAAUUUAAACCUGCAGAACAAUCAAUUAGAGUUUUUGCCUGAUGGUUUGUUUGAAGAUCAGUUUAAUCUGAAAAUACUUUGGUUGGAAAAGAACAAAUUAGAAACAAUCAAUCAACACAUAUUCAAGAAUCUACAUCUACUAAGAUCCCUUCAGUUGGGCUCUAAUAAAAUUACCCAAUUCGAAUUUGGUGCCUUCAAUAAUCUCCAAAAUCUGCUCCAGUUGAAUCUUCAAAACAAUUUUCUGGAUACACUCCCCUCUCAUGUUCUCCAGUCUUUAAUAAAUUUGACAUACCUAGAUUUGAGUAAUAAUAAAUUGACAAACUUGGACAAGGAUGCUUUCCAAUUUAACGGAAAAUUAACAGAACUUUUCUUGCGGAACAACUCGCUUGAAGAACUGCCCGAAGGAAUAUUUCGUAACAAUAAAAUGCUGAAAAAGUUAUCCCUACAACUAAAUACCAAGCUUUCCAUCAUUCGUCUUGGUGUUUUCAAUAAUCUGGAGUCAUUGCUGGAUCUAGACCUGAGCAAUUGUUCUUUCGAUGAAUCUUCUUUCGACAAACAUGCUUUUACAAAUUUGACGCAGCUGACCACACUGAAUCUAGCGCGAAAUAAACUAACGAGUUUAAAUCCCGAUUGGUUCUUGGGAUUGGCUAGUUUAACGCACUUAGAUCUGUCAUGGAAUUUGAUUCCAACUAUUGAGAAUCAAGCCUUUACCAGCCUGCGACUCCUGAAUACACUCAAGUUAAACGGAAACCUACUUGUCAGAAUUGAAGCAAACAUUUUUCAAGGCGUUGGAGCCUUAAAAAGUCUUUACCUUGAAGAUAAUCAACUUGAAAUCAUCCAACCGGAAGCCAUGAGGCAUUUGACAGAAUUAACUAUCAUAAAUCUGGCUCGUAAUCGUCUAAAGUUUGACGAAGGUCUUGUGAAUCCUCUUGAUGGUUGGAGGCAAUCUCCUUUGCAGCACAAUUUAAAACUGGAAUCAAUUGAUCUGUCUCGAAACGAAAUUGCGGAUCUUUAUUCUGACUGGUCGUUCAUGAAAUCUUUAAGCCGUCUCAUAUUGAGUCACAACUUAUUAACUACUCUGACGUUCACCGACAUAGCAAGUUUAUCUCCACAACGAGACUUCAGUGUUGACCUCCGCCACAAUCAAAUAGAACAUGUCAAUUUCAAAUCAGCCAAUUUAAUUGAUGGUCGAUCUGAUGAUGAAAAGUUAGAAGAAUCUGCGGUAAAAAAACGGAUCUUCUUGGAUGAUAACCCUCUUGUAUGCGACUGUAAUGUGUACUUCAUGGCACAAUACAUGAAUCGUACAAUGCCUGCCACAAAACAUUCAUGGAAAAUAAUUGCCCCGAAGCUAACCUGCCAAGAGCCUGCAAUGCUUACUGGUAUAGCACCGACAUCAGUUCUUCCACGGCAGUUUGUUUGCAAAUGUGAAGGGACUUAUCCGUGUGGUUGCUACCAGCGGCCAGUCGAUAGAACACUACUAUUUGAAUGUCAACAGAAGAAUUUGACUGACAUUCCAACUCGCCUGCCCCAACUUGCUGGUUAUGACGUCCAACUGAAUCUUUCCUCUAAUUUGAUCAAUAUUGGACAAGUCAACGUAAACGCGUUGAACUGUUGCGCCGAUGUCACCGUACUGGAUUUGAGUCACAAUGGUAUGGAUUCCUCUGUUUUUACCUCUCUUAGCUGGGCCCAAAAUCUUCACCUUCGAUACCCUAGACUCCGUCGGCUAGAUCUUUCUCAUAACAAUUUCAGUCAUAUUCCUAUUGGAGUUGUCGAUGCAUGGAAUGGGACGCAAAAGUUGACGUACAAUUUGGGUGGAAACCCCUGGAAAUGCGACUGUUCCAACCUGGCUCUACUGAAAUUCAUUUAUGGUUCUUGGAAACGCGUGGAAGACUUUCACCACAUGAUGUGUGCCAAUGGACUUUUAAUAUCGGAAUUGUCAAUAGAAAAGCUUUGUCCGUCAGCCAUUGCCGCGACAAAAUAUUUGACCAUAGCGAUGCCAUUAUUGGCUUUGCUGGUCUUCUUUAUCUGUCUUCUGUUUUACCGUUGCCGGCGAGUAAUCCUUGCCUGGCUUUACAACCGCCAGUUAUGUCUAUGGUGUGUCGUUAAAGAAGAGGAAGAAAACGACGAACGCAUGUACGAUGCCUUUAUCAGUUUCUCUCAUUUGGACGAGAAAUUUGUUAAUGAACACCUCGUGCCCCAACUGGAACGGCCUCCGUUGGGCUUACCGCAUUACCGACUUUGCCUUCAUUCCCGUGAUUGGUUGGCUGGGGAAUGGAUUCCUGAUCAAAUUGUACGUUCAGUGGCCACCUCUAAGCGAACUAUUGUAGUCUUAACUGAAAACUUCUUGGACAGCUUCUGGGGCAAACUUGAAUUUCGGACAGCCUAUCACCAAGUACUUAAAGAUAAAAGGAUGCGAUUAAUUAUCAUUGUCAAGGGAGAGCUUCCACCUAAGGAUAAAAUGGACCAAGAACUUCAAACUUAUCUCUCCUUGAACACGUAUCUGAAAUGGGAUGAUCCGUUUUUCUUGGAUCGCCUUCGAUAUGCCCUUCCUCAUAAGAAAAACGUAUUGACACCUGGUUUGAAUAUAACACAGGCCAUUAAGGAACACGCUGAUUCGGUAGGAAAAGAGACGGCUAACGGGAUUAAACCCAACCUACUUCCACCUUUGCCUUUGCUCAGUGACCGUGAGAGGCAGAAAGCACAUGUAAUCUUGCCCCCUGAUAUUGAGAUGUCUCUUACCCCCACCAGCUCAGCUAGUUCUACGGUUCCAUUCUUCCCAAGUUCACCCAAGUGAGACAACUAAGAUUUAACAAAGAUUUGAGUUUGCCGCUUGUGGAACGUAUAUCGUGCGCUCAUUUUGCCUUGUAACGUGUCGUGAGGUGCAAUCUAGUUUAUGUGGUACAAAAUUCGUAGUGAUGUGACAAACGCUUUAGCGCCAAACUCACAUUGGGAAACUAUUAACACGACUAAUUUUUGUAAUUUAGCUUUUUAUUACCCUGUAUUCAUAUUGCUCCCUGUCUUUUAAUGCGUGAUUGCUAUCAACCCCUUUCAAGUCUUUCGAGAAUGAAUCGCACAUGUAUGUAUCAGAGUAAUUAGAUUUUGGUACUCGUGUUAACAGAAAA